AUGAAGCGAGACCGGCUGAAACCCACCUAUACACAGCCGGCCUGCUCUGCACAGGGGCCCUUUGAACUGCCAGCAUUCUCAUCCCAGGGGGACUUCAUACUGGGGGGUAUAUUUCCCCUUCACUACCGGGUGGAGCUGCCAGGCACAGACUUCAAAGAUCAGCCACUGGCAGUACAUUGUCGUGGAUUUGACCCGAGGGCUUUCCGCUGGGCUCUGGCAAUGAGGCUGGCGGUGGAGGAGAUCAACCGGAGUGAAAGGCUACUGCCCAACCACACGCUGGGCUACAAAAUGUUUGACUCUUGUGCCACGCCCAUCACGGCUCAGAGAGCAGUUUUGGCAGUGCUGAAUGAGCAGGGGGAAGAGCAGAGCCCUAUGUGUUCUAGCGGCAGCCCGUUGCUAGCCAUGGUAGGAGAAUCCGGCUCCUCACAGUCCAUCGUUGUGUCCAGAACUCUGCAGCCAUUUUGUAUACCCAUGAUCAGCUAUUUCUCCACCUGCUCAUGCCUGAGCAACAGAAAAGAAUACCCAACCUUUUUCCGGGUCGUUCCGAAUGAUAACCAUCAGGUUAAAGCCAUUGCAAGCCUCUUGCAGCGCUUCAGUUGGAAGUGGGUUGGUGUGGUCCGGGAAGACCACGACUAUGGCCACUUUGCACUACAGGGACUGAAAAGGGAGAUCCAGAACACAGAGGUGUGUCUGGCUUAUGAUGAGAUGAUCCCGAAAGACUAUAGGAGAGAGAGGGUUCUGCAGAUUCUUGAGGUGAUGAGGGUUUCCACAGCCCGGGUAGUGGUGGUCUUCUCUGGAGAAGGAGAGUUUUAUCCCUUCCUCAAGGAGUUUGUCAUGCAGAACAUCACAGGUAUCCAGUGGGUGGCCAGCGAGGCCUGGGUCACUGCCAACUUGCUGGCAGAAACGUAUCCAUUCCUAGACGGAACUGUUGGUUUCGCCAUCCGCGCUGGGAAACUCCCGGGUCUCAGGGAAUUCCUUCUGACGGUGAACCCUGACAGGCCCCUGCUGCCCCCCUGCUCAGGACAGGAGGCUAUCCUUGAUCAACAUUCAGCCUACAUGAAUACCUCCAGCCCCAGAGUGACCUAUAAUGUUUACAAGGCUGUGUAUGCAAUCGCCCACUCCAUGCACAACCUCCUCUACUGCCAGCCUGGGACAGGGCCCUUCCUCAACCACUCCUGUGCUAACAGCAACAAUGUAUAUCCCUGGCAGCUCCAGUACUAUCUCCACAAUGUGUCCUUCAGUGUAUCUGGAGAGGAGGUGAACUUUGAUCAGAAUGGGGACACAACCCCAUCCUAUGACCUCAUCAACUGGCAAAGGGGGGAAGACGGAAUUCCUCGCUUUGUCACAGUAGGGAUGUAUGAUGGAACAAAGGAUUCUGGGAAGGAACUGGUGAUCCAGGAAGAGAAGAUAAUGUGGGAGGGGCAUCAGAGUAAGGUGGUCUCUGUGUGCAGUGCCAGCUGUCCUCCAGGAUUCAGGAAGGCUAUCCGUCAUGGGGAGCCUCUGUGCUGCUUUGACUGUUUACCAUGUGACAGCGGCAAGAUUAGUAAUCAGACAGAUUCUCUAGACUGUGAUGAAUGUCCUGAAGAUUAUUGGUCCAAUGCUGAUGGAACAUUGUGCAUCCUUAAAGUGGUGGAGUUCCUUUCCCAUGAUGCAAUGGGGAUAGCCCUGAUGGUGAUAGCUGUAGUUGGUGCCUGCCUGACGGCCGCUGUUCUGACAGUUUUUCUCCAUCACAGGACCACUCCCAUUGUCCGUAUCAACAACUCUGAGCUGAGUUUCUUCAUCCUGCUGUCCCUGACUCUGUGCUUCCUUUGUGCUCUUGUCUUCAUUGGUGAGCCCACCUCCUGGUCCUGCAUGCUUCGCCACACUGCCUUCAGCAUCACCUUCUCCUUCUGCAUAUCUUGCAUCCUAGGCAAGACUUUGGUGGUCCUGGCUGCCUUCACUGCCACCAGGCCUGGGGACAACAUCAUGAAGUGGCUGGGGCCAAAACAGCAGAGAGUUAUCAUAUUCUGCUGCACCCUGGUUCAAGUGCUGAUCUGUGCUGCUUGGCUCAUCGCUGCCCCACCCUUCCCCAUCAAGAACACACAAGCCUAUCAUUCCAAGAUCAUUCUGGAGUGCAGUGUGGGAUCACAACUUGCCUUCUGGUGUGUUCUGGGAUACAUCGGCCUCCUGGCCUGCCUUUGCUUUGUCUUGGCCUUUUUGGCCCGAAAACUGCCAGGAAAUUUCAACGAGGCCAAAUACAUCACUUUCAGCAUGCUCAUAUUCUGUGCAGUCUGGAUCUCCUUCAUCCCAGCUUAUGUCAGCUCUCCUGGGAAGUUCACUGUAGCUGUGGAGAUCUUUGCUAUUCUGGCCUCUAGCUUUGGGCUGCUUUUUUGUCUGUUUGCUCCAAAAUGUUACAUUAUUCUGCUGAAGUCUGACAAGAACACUAAACAACAUCUUAUGGGAAAUAAUUUCAAAUGUAUAAAUUAA